CGGAAGUGAAUCAGGACGGCCCUUACCUCACCACCCGGAAGCAGUGCUUCCAACACGUGUGUAAUCCCGGGCAGCUAUGGAAGUGAGGGCGGCUGCGGAGCAGAGCGAACCUGCAGGUUCUGAAGAAUCAAAUUUUGGAGAUGACAGCUUUUCGACAGAUGGCGGGGAGGAGUCUGAUGCCUCCAGCCAUGAAACCAACGACCAGGUUACAUCCGACGACCCAAAUAAAGGCUGGGCCGACGCCAUGGCCAAAAUCCUCAACAAGAAAAUCCCCUCCGACAAGAGCAGCACCAUCCUGGUAAAGAGCAAAGUGCUGGAGAAGGAGAAGGAAAAAGAGAAGCAGGAGCGGCUGGAGAAAAAGCAACAGUUUGAUAAAAAACGACAGUGGGAGAUGAUGUGCAGAGUCAAGCCAGAUGUGGUCAAAGACAGAGAAGACGAGAGGAGUCUGCAGAGAAUUGCUACAAGAGGUGUCGUACAGUUAUUUAACGCCGUGAGAACCCACCAGGGCAACGUGAACGAUAAGAUCAAAGAAGCCGGACGUUCGGAGAGGAAGAAGAGUAAACUGAUGUCGUCUGUGUCCAAGAAAGACUUCAUCAACGUCCUGAGAGGGAAGGAGGGCAAAGGCGAAAUAUCGGAGCGGCCAGCGCCAAAAAAGGCCGCCACAAGGACACAACACGCAUCAGACUGGAACAUCCUUCGCGAUGACUUCAUGAUGGGAGCGUCUAUGAAGGACUGGGAUAAGGACAGUGAUGACGGAGCGGUGGACACAAAGCCGGAACCUAAGGUCAAACAGGAAGAGAGUGGAAGUGAUUCCGACAGAUAACGCUGCAUCGGACGGAGAGCUAAAGAUAAAACCUUAAUCUCUCUGCAUCCGACACGAAUAAACUCUUCAUUCUGUGAAUGCAUAACAUUUUUGACAUUACACAUAUGCCUUUUUGUAAAAAAAAAUAAAUAUAAAAAUAUGUAUAUGGAGAGAGAAAAAAAGCGUUUUGUGUUUUUCUCUCGGACUUGACAAGUCCUUAAUCCUGAAAAAAUUUCCGAAAGGUAUAAUUUUUCAACUUAUUUUUCCAAAACAUCCAGUGCAGUCAUAACAGUGGCAUGUGCCCAAUAAUUGUGUGGGUGGGUGCCAGAGGUCGCCGGGUUUGUUUGUUUUUAAUAUCGAUGGGCGUGGUUUCCCCCCCCCCCCCAUGACCCCUCGUCUCCUGGUGGAAGAAGGGGGCAAUACACUUGCGGACAUCACCUUGUGUGGUAGAUGUGUUUGAAAUGUCUACUGGCAGUGAGAGGAGUGCCUGGCUUGGCUUGAAACAGAUUCCAGUGCUGUGCUUCAAAUUAUCCUGCAUGAAAGUAACUGCUUGGCGUUCACUAAUGUCUCUCCAAGGUUAGAAGAACAGAAAACAGCUUGACCUGCAUUUAUCAAAGGAUGCUACGGUUUCCCUUUACAAUUGGUACCUUUGGGGAAGGAGGGGGGGGUUUGCAACUGAGCUGCUGAGGUUUUGCCUUCAGCAAUGAUGCAUUGGAGGCUCGCAGUUCUUUGAUGUCCAUUAAAAGUUUAACCCUAAGUCUUUCUGUUCUUCAUUUGCCAUACAGUUUUAUACAGGCAGUUGCUACAUGUCAUCAUCCAGGAGGCUGGUUGUAGUAGUCAGUGGGAAGAUUGACAGGACAAGUUCCUAGCCCCUGUAGAUUGACGACCUAGAUUUUACCAUUCCUCUUGCCGACCUCUAACACUGUACUGUCAGUGCUCGGAGUGUGAAGAGCAGGGAUCGGCAACCGUCGCAGUUCGCACAAUCCAGCUGUUGUGAAACUACAACUCCCAGCACGCACCUUUAACUUCUGUGGGGGUUCAGAGAACAGCCACGCAAUUGUGCACGAUGGGAGAUGUAGUUUCACAACACAUGGAGUACCGGAGGUUGCUGACCCCUGGGGUAGAGACUAUUGCCAAGGCAAAUGGUAAAUCCCAGUUCUA